AUUAUACUGUCCAAGUGAUUUCAGGCUUAUAAAGUAUGUUAUACAUCAUUUACGGGUAACAGUGAUACCAUUUUUGCAAACUUUUAACUAGUUCUUUUUAGAUACAACUGCAUGAUCUGUGGAAGAAAUGGUGAGGCCUGAACAAAUUGGAUUUUCUGCAAUCUUCUCACAUAGGCGAGAGAAUGCAGAGGCAAUGCAUUUGAUCACCUCACUGUGCGUAACUGCGUCUCUUCUACUCAGUCUAUAUACCUGCUUUUUUUUUCUUUGCAUCAAAAUGAAGCCUUAAAUUCAAGUCCCUACCAAUAACUUUUUCUAUCGAUCAUGGUUUUGGAUUAAUGCUACACAAAGCUGCCAGGUGGACGAUGGAAUGUGGUUGCACUACAGGAAAAUUUAUCUGAGGUUCCUGCACAGACUCGUGCACAAUUUCAGACCUCCUUUGGAUAUUGAAGCGUUAUGUAAUGAGGGUCGACUGAAGGAGGCCAUGCAUUUAUUGUAUCAAAUGCCUGUUGAAUCAGGCAUUUAUGCCUGCGUAUUGGAGUUAUGUGCCUCCAUGAAAUCUCUUUCAGAUGGCAAGGAAAUCCAUGCACAGAUAAUUCUAAAUGGUCUUCCGAUAAACGCAUUUGUAGCAACCAAGCUCGUCAGGAUGUAUUGUAAAUGUGGUAAUGUGGUGCACGCUCGUCUUGUUUUCGAGCAGACAAUGGAGAGGAGCGUGUUCUUGUGGAAUACCAUGAUCAGGGGAUAUGCCAACAAUGGGUUUUACAAGGAGGCUCUUUCUAGCUAUUCAGAAAUGCAGGUGUCGGGUAUAAGUCCUGAUAAUUAUACUGUCCUCUCUGUUCUUAAAGCAUGCGCGGGAAUGGAGGAUUUGUGUCAGGGGAUGAAGGUGCAUUGUCGGAUAAUUAGGAGUGGACAUGAGUUGGAUUUAUUUGUUGGGAAUGUUCUUGUUGCAAUGUAUGGUAAGUGCAGAAGUUUGGAAUACGCGCGCCAGGUGUUUGAUAAAAUGCCUCUAAGAGACAACGUCUCAUGGAAUACCAUGAUUGCCAGUUAUUCGCAAAAUGGGUUUUGCGAUCGGGCGUUGGAAGUAUUUGAGUUAAUGGAAGUGAAAGGUGCGAGUCCUGAUUCUCUUACGAUCGCAAGUAUUCUACCCGCCUUUGUGCAUGGCAAAGGCAAGAGCAUGAAGGAUGUGCGCGAAGUGUUUGACAGAAUGUCUCAGAAAGAUGUUAUCUCUUGGAAUGCAAUUAUUGCAGGGUAUGUUCAGACUGGUGAAUGGGAGGAGGCCCUGAGGUUGUUUCAUCAAAUGGGAAGUGAGGAUGUGAAGCCAGAUUCGAUCACUAUUACGAGUGUUCUCUCUGCUUGUGCUCGUUUGGCGGCUCUGCAGCAGGGCAAGGCGAUCCAUGAGUACAUAAAAAAGAUUAAGCUAGUCUCACAUUUGUUUCUAUGUAAUGCGCUCAUUGACAUGUAUGCCAAGUGUGGGAGUGUAAACGAUGCACGCCAAGUGUUUGACAGUAUGUCGCAAAGGGAUGUGGUCUCAUGGACUGCAAUGAUUGCUGGCUAUGGUAUGCAUGGACAUGGUAAGGAUGCUAUCACACUCUUUUGCCAAAUGCAACAUGAAGGUACACAGCCGGAUCACAUUACCUUUGUUUCUGUUCUGUCUGCGUGCAGCCAUGGAGGUCUGGUGGAUGAAGGCAUGCAAUAUUUUGAUGUUAUGAUUCGAGAUUAUUGUAUCGCACCCACAGUGGAACACUAUGCGUGCCUAGUAGACCUUCUUGGCCGUGCUGGACGCCUAUGUGAAGCACAGGACUUAAUUGAACAGAUGCCUCUGGAACCUAAUGAGAGUGUUUGGGGAGCUUUGCUUAGUGCGUGCAGAGUACACUGCAACACAAAUUUAGGCAAGCUUGCGGCAGAGCAUCUUUUUACAUUAGCACCUGAAAAACCUGGAUAUUAUGUGCUGCUUUCUAAUAUUUAUGCAGAAGCUGGCAGGUGGGAUGAUGCCUUAGUAAUAAGAAAGUUGAUGGACGAGAAGGGACUGAAAAAGGAACCAGGAUGCAGUGUGAUUGAGUUAAAGAAUAGAGUGCAUUCUUUCCUUGUUGGAGACAGAUGCCACCCACAAUCUGAUGAAAUCUAUGCAAAGCUUGAUAGCUUAGAUAGACUGAUGAGGGCAGCUGGGUAUGUACCUGACACAGAAUUCGUCCUGCACGAGGUGGAAGACGAGGACAAGGAGCAUCUUCUCUACUACCACAGUGAGAAGCUAGCUAUUGCCUUUGGGCUCAUCAACACUGAUCCUGGUACACCACUUCUAAUCACCAAGAACCUCCGCAUGUGUGGUGACUGCCACCACGCCAUCAAGUUCAUCUCCAAAAUUGUUCAACGUGAAAUAGUUGUUAGGGAUGCAAACCGUUUUCACAAUUUCAAGAAUGGAUCAUGUUCUUGUGGAGAUUAUUGGUGAGAUUUUUCUUGAACUCGAAUGUUCCACUGUAGUAUGUGUUAGCUGCCACUUACUGCAGUUUUUGUUGCCAAGAUUGUUAGCUAGUAAUCACGGUUAGCAAUGGAAAUGCUUUUCACAAUUAGAAAAA